CAAUAUAAUUCAUCAAGCUGUUACCUGCAACAGUGUGAUGAUUAUGAUGAUGUUGUAAUAUAAUAACAAUAGUUAUUAACAAUAAUAUAAUAAUAAUUAGCAAAUUACUAUAAUUAUAAUGCAUACACAACGAGUAACAAAAGUAUCCUAUUAAAAUAAAAGAUUUAACAGAUCAGAUUUAUGAGCUAGUUUCAGCUUCCGUUGCGCGGUGGUUUAAGCAGACUGUAGGCAGUUUACACUUUGUCCUGGGUGCAGAUUGUGCAAUCAGAGAGAUUAGUAGGCUCUCUAAACAUACCUGAGCACAGACCCUCCGCUACAGCUCUUCCCAAUGAAGUUUCCCGUUAAAAUCCUUUUAGUCGGGAGUCUGAGUGCAGCUUUAAUUGCGCUCCAAUGGAGUGGCCCCACUUUUAGUGAAGAGUCUUUGAAAGGCAUGAGAGUGCUGGUGACUGGUGCGAGUACUGGAAUCGGGGAGCAGGUGGCGUACCACUACGCCCGCAUGGGUGCUCAGAUUGUCAUCACAGCAAGAAGAGAACAUGUAUUAAAAGAGGUUGUAAAGAAGUGUCUGGAUCUGGGAGCUCAGAAAGCCUUGUAUAUUGCAGCGGACAUGGCCGAAACAGCUGAUGCAGACCGAGUAGUGGAGUUUGCUGAAGAGCAGCUGAAAGAGCUGGACUACAUAGUGCUUAACCACAUCGGGCCGAGUCCAUAUGCGAUGUGGGAUGGUGAUGUGGAUCACAUUCGAUGGCUCAUGCAGGUGAAUUUCCACAGUUAUGUGAAAAUGGCUGUGAAAGCUCUACCAGCCCUGGAGAAGACUAAUGGAUCAAUAAUGGUCAUCUCUUCCUUGCUUGGUAAAAUGUGUUCACCGUUUGCUCUGCCAUACACCGCUACUAAAUUUGCCCUCAAUGGCUUCUUUGGGAGUCUCCAGCAUGAGCUGGCUAUGAAGCACAGCAACGUAACUGUCACUAUCUGCACCCUGGGCCUCAUCGACACGGAGUCAGCCAUGGAGAAAAUCAAAGGCUACAUUGACAUGCCUGCUUACCCUGCACAUGAGGCUGCAUAUCAGAUCAUCAAGGCUGGAGCGCUUCGUCAGAGCGAGACCUUCUACCCCUGGUACACCUUCUACUACACACUCUUCAGAGACUGGUUCCCUUACUACAGAGAUCUGGUCAUUAGGAACAGUUUCAUCUACCAGCCAUGAGUAGGUGCUGAUCACUUGAGCUUGUGGGGUGUUCAUUUGGUGUUCUGGAUAAAUACGGGAGAACAAUUAUUUAGCAUAAUAUGAAUUAACAUAAAUGGAAAAGUAAGUCGGUUGGUAUAUUUUAUUUGAAUCCAUUGCUGCCAAAGCUCAGUUCUGAGCACCAUGAUAGCUCUAGAAUUUACUUUUUCCUACCUCUAAUCUCUAAUUUUCUUACCUUUUUAAUGAUAUGGUAUAAAUACAUGUGUGCUGUGUUGUAAAGUACUUCCAUCAAAUACUGCAUCGUUGACAUUUAUUCCACAGCCACUGUUGAAUGUUUAGUUCUUAUUAGUCAGGUGCUGAUUCGUUUUCUGUAACAGUGUUAAUUUUUUUUGUCUUAUUAAGUUCACAAAAGAGAAACUGGUAAAGGAAUGACCAUCUAUAUCUGCUAUAACACAAAUAAUAACAGGAACCAACUUGUUUCAUGGACGUUCCACAACAUUAAACCUAACUAUAAACUGACAAAGUUGUUAGCAUUGGAAAAUUGCUGUGGUAUGAGAGAAAUAAAUCAUUUUAGGAGUUUUUUAA